AUGGGGCCUCGGCGGCGCGCAGUGCGGCGCGGCACGCUGGGAGUUGUAGUCCGCCUGGCCCAGCCGGCGCCCGCGCGCAGCUCCCGCGAGCCUGGUGUCCCGCCGCGGCAAGGGCGCAACCUGCGGAAACGGCCUCCUUGCCGUAAGACGCCGCGCGGCCCCGAGGCCUGGGCGCCCCGGUGCCCUCGGGGAGAGGCGCCGAGGAGAGGACGCGGCCGCUGGGUGCUGCUGCGAGUCCCGGCAGCCGUGGGCAGGGCACCUGAAACCUCCCUGCAUCUGCUGGAGGACGUUUGUGGUGGAAACAGUGACCGCCUCAGCGGCCUCAGUCCCGAGUCGCAAGUGCUUCCCAGGGAAGGCAGUGGUCCUCGACCUUUCCCUCUAGACCCCCUGGGAUGGCGACCUCAUGACCGCCAAUCCUUGGCCAACGUCUGCAUCCUUGGGAUGCUGAAGCCAUUUGAGAAGAAAUGUGAUGGACUCGAAGGGCUUGUGAUGUGGCUAAACAUCUAUUCUGAAACACUUCCCAUCAGUUUGACAUCGAGGUACCUUUAUACCAUUAGACAAAAUUGUGGAGGAAAGAAUAAAGUCUUGCAUGCAGCUGAGACAGCUGUGCUGGCACUAGAAGAGACUUGUAUCAGAACGAAUGGAUACAAGACAAGGAAACUUCAGCAGCAGGGCUGGGAGGACCAGAACUGUCAGGAUGCACUUAUACAUUGGGAAGGAGAAUGCGAUAGCUUCACUAAGCUUUGAAAAAGACUGUGUAUCUUGCAAUAAAUGCAACUUGGAAAACAGAAUCUAAAUUUCAAAGUCAGUGGAGUUGACGAAAUGUGAGAUAGAGCCACAUCUGUGUGGUUCAAACAGCUAACCUUACUAUAGUGCAACAACAGCCUCUUGGUGUGCUUAAUCUUACUUAAAACUCUCUUGUUCACUGCUUGGCUAGUUGCUAAUAAUAGACCUGCUUGGGAGAAAGGGUGCACCUUUCCUCAUGAUUAUGCUAGUCUUCUUUGAGGUCUGGAGCAUGAGAUUUAAGGUGCUAGUAUUAUGAUCUCUUUUCCUCCUCUUUUUUCUUCCCUCAGCUUCCAAAAUGCCCAAAAUAAAUCUUCUGAAGCACCAAGCAGAGGACGUGUGUGAAGGAGCUAGCUACAUGCUGAGAAAUCACAGUCCCAACUGUGUUCAAGCUUUCAUUUCAAAUUUUCUGCAGCACCUCUGAUAAUGAUACAGAAAGAAGUCCCUACUGUUUAUAAGUCUCCCCAAGUAUUUUUGUGCAAUGGCAAAAGUGCAUCCUGCAUUAAUACUGCAAAGAGACAAAGAAGUCAACAUGUCUAAAAUGACAUCUUUAAGAAAAAGAAAGCCCCUGAACAAUUCUAUAUACUCUGAAGUAUGUACUGUAUCUUGAAGGGUUUUUCUGAACUCUGCCAAAGAGGAACAUUGACAAAGCAACACACCAACUCUCUAUUCUUCCACCAAAUAUAGUAUUAUUCUCUGAUAUAAUGAUCACUCACUCCUGAAGACCUUUCUAUUACCACUCAGGCAUCUUCUCUGACUGUAAGUAUAUCCAAGGGCACUGAGUUCAUAAAAGAUCCAUUUUGAAAAUGUCAAGUUUGACUUCUUUUAUGCCAGGUUUCUGGGAAACAUUUCAAAAGCAAUGAAAGUAUUAAUAUAUCUUGAUGUGUCUCCAGUCUGCUUUGUGAAAUUGGCUGAAUAUCAGGUUAUUUGAUUUUUUUGACGGCUAUAAGAAAUACUCCAGAAAAGAAAAGGAGGGAAUAUUGGUUUAACUUAGCAAAGAAAUAAUAUCUGUUUAAAGAAAUUAUACAAACACCAUUUUAAGUUGUCAGAAUGUUUCUUUGACCCCCUAUUAAAAGAACUCUUUCAGGUUUUACUUUUUCAUUUAAACUUGAAAAAUACAGAGCUUUUGUUUUUAAACAAACAAAAUUUUCAUGUUUUUGCGAAGUUGCGGAAAGAAAGAGAGCAUUUGGGCAGGCUGAUAUUUCUUACCCCUUUCUGGGAAGUUGAAACUCUUGGUCAAAUUUCAUACAAAGAAACAAGUGGUUUCAAUCACUGCAAAACAUCAUGGUUUGGUAUGCUUAUUUGUCACCUUUUUUUUUUUUUAAUGCAGUGGUAAUCCCUACUCUAAACUCUCUAUAUUUUUUCAUGUUUGGCUUUAGAUUUUUAAUUCUUUUUUUCUGUUUGGAAUGAUAACACAGUUUUGUUAUUUAACAAACAAAUAACUUUAGCAUGUUUUCCUAUUCAGAAGGAAGAAGUAUCAGUAAGGUGUUUGACUCAGAUGAGCAGUAUUGUAGUUAGAAGUGAGCCUUAGACAGCUGAGUUCUCACAACAAAGUCAGUGCACAUAACUAAGCACUCACGAGUCAUGCUAUAAGAGAUCUGUGAGAGAAGCUAGUACGUGCAGAAGACCUGGAACACGUUCAGAAAACCAUAGGUUAGACCGUAAGUAGAUAUGUAGCAACUGCUUAACCCACCUUUCUGUGCUUUGCACUAGCUAAAUAUAUUGCAAGAGCUGAAUAAAAAGAUGUUUCAGAAAUGAAAAAACAAGUGUUUACAGCUAGGUGGUGCCAUAGGCUUAUGCAAUCUCAACAAAAUUUGUGAUGCUUUAGGAGGACUUCCAUCCUACAGUUGAUGUGAUACAAAAACAGGAUGUGAUCUGAGUCAGAAACUGCUUCGGAUAAUCUGUUUCACCAUAUCUAACACUGCAAGAAUAGUAGCCACUUCAGAAUUAUUUCCUGUUCUAUUACACCCCUCCACAUUAAAUAGAAGCUGUUGUAAGACUCUCCUAUGGAGAAGCAGAAUUGAUGCAGUCAUGGUGAUUUUCCAUGAGAGAGGAAGAGACAUUUCCUGAGAACUUUAUAUGAGCUCUUCAUGAAAUUUUUGCACGAGUGCUACACAUGAAAUAAGAUAUGCAGAAGACAGAUGGCAGAUCAUCUUGCUCAAACUGGAGCUGAGCAACAUAAAAUCCUGGAAAAUAUUACAUAUGCUGAUGAUUUUUGUUAACACUGUAUACUUUAGCUUGCUGUGUGCAUGAAAGUACAUGCUCCCAUGACUCCCUCCUGGAUAGUAGGUUCAAAUCUUACUCUUUACCCUUAAUAGUUAUCCAGUUCUACCAGUUAUUUUUCUUCAACACGCUUGGUUCCUCCAAAAUAGGAGAAAAGGGCCUAACUAGCAAGAAUUUUGUCAUGAAACUCCCACAGAAAUUGUAUGUAGGUGGGGAAAACAUCAAGCUAUGUACAUUUAUAAGGUUUGAUAUCCCGAGUAUUUUGGUACUGCUCCUAGGUUCAUGGGACUGUUUUAGUUAGAUCUUUUCUGUGCUCCCUAACAAUUUAAAUUCUGAGGUCUACUUACAAUUCCUACAUUACUACAUAGCACAGUUUAAAUGACACUGAGCACAAAUGGAUCAUCAUUACAUGAAUGCAUUUGACAGAGCAUUGGAACUGUAUGGCUCACCAGCUCGAACUUAAUAACAAAAUCUGAAGAGAAGCAACCCUAUUAAUAGAAGGCAAGAGGUCGGUUGAAUUAUGUGAUACGGUUCAUCUCAUUUCAUUUUAGCCAGCCAGAAGCUGGAAGGCCAAUUUUGGCUGGACACCUAAUUUCUCUCUGUAUUUACUGAGGAAAGAGGGUACCCCCAGAGGAAGACUCAGUCUCUCCUCUUACAACUAUUCAAUAACUCUCUCCCUUUCUACCCUGGAUGAAAUGUCUCUGUUCAUGGUUCUUUCAUUCAAAGGAAUGCAGCUUUAGGAUUUAGAUUAAAUAUGGCUGUGAUGAGGUGCAUCUCUGUCCUCCCCUGUUCCCUUGGAAACAUAAUGUUGGUGUAGUAGGUGGGCCCUUGCCUGUCUCUGAGUUUGUGUUUCUGUUGUAUGAUUUAAUUAAUCACAUUGUUUCCAGAUUACCUAGCUUUCUGGUGAUCACACCAUUUUUAAGACAGGCACAGCAUUUUAUAGAUCAUAAAUAACAGAACAGCGCUGGCUGUAUGUACAUCUUAUACAACUCAAAUUUAAUUCUCUUGUCUCUUUUCCCAGAUACCACAUGUACCUCUCUAGAAGUCCGUUUCAUUUUCUCUGUUGUUCUAGAGCUUACUAUAUAGCUCAUGUAGUCACAGUACCUUUGCAAGUUAUGCAUUAACAGACUCGGAGUGGACUUCCACCUAACUGGAAACUUCCCAGAAAUUAAGUGCCAGAAGUCUUAAGGAGCUAUUGAGAUCAGGUGCCUUCAAAUACUGCCUGAAAAUGCCACCUGUAUUUUGGGUCACAAGAAGGAUCCUUAGUGUCUAAGCUUAAAUUCCUGUGCAUAUUUCCUGGCAGAGCAGGUGGGUACCUACACUGUGCUGAAACUCCACAACAGCUCAGAUAGGAACAGGAGAGGUGCUGAAACUCAUUGAGGCAUGCCCUGACCACACCAGGCACGAUCAGAAUUGAAUUCAGCAGAGAACAUAGCGAUCAGUUAUAGGGGAGGUUGAAAGACAGACAAGUUUUAGCCACAGUAGUUGAAGCACAACAACAAAGUAUUCAUAAGGGCAGUGGGAGCCCUCAGUUCAAAACAUUCCUCAAGGGGCCUGAAAUCAUUGAAGGGAUUAAAAUCUGGAACUUUUCCCUCAUUAGAAGUGUCUCGUGACUGAGCUUCUCAGCUAGAUUGUCAUUCCUCUGGUUUGUGUGUUUCAUUCUUCCUGUGUGACUGAGAGCUGUGUUCCUUCUUUCUCCCUCCACUUUUUCCCUUCCUCCCUACUCUUGAGUCACCCCAUCCCAUUGAACCGUAUCAUCAGAAGAAAUGUAAUUUAUCUUACCACAGGUGAUCCAUCGCUUAGUGUUCAGUGCAUUCUUUACACUUCAAUAAGUACAAGUUGUAAAUCUUACGGUAAGAGGGCUGUUGUGUUUAUGCUGUGCUCUUUCCUUAUUUGUGCCUUGAUUAUAUAGUUCUUUCUUAUAGUGACAUUUGCAGUGAAAAUGUGUACAGAGCAAUUGUAUGGAAAAUUGUUACCUACUGCUUAUCUGUGCUGUGCCUUGUUUAUUUUUAUGCCUCUACCAGUCAAAACUCCUUGAACAUAAAAGAAUGACUAAUGCCAUUAGAAACUCCAUUAUCCUUUUCACAAAGAACUUGAGGCAGACAGGCUGAAGAUAGGAAAGAGGAAGGUUUCUAUUAGUGCUUCUCCUAAUCACGCUUGCAAGGUAUGUGUAAUUAUUUGGUACCUUGUGGCCUCUUCUUGCUGCUAUUCGGUGAAAGCCAAAUCCAAUGGUUUUUGCUCAGUCUGUGUAGAAAAGGAAUGUGAUAGCAGAGACCUUCACAUGUCGCAGUACCACUAGAUGUGCAUCUUCUGGCUGUUACAGGCCACUCUAAGGCUGCCUUGCCUCUCUUUCCUGUAGUAACUACAUAAAGAUGGCCUUAAGCACACUCUUCAGAAGUAUGCUAGCUUCCUGCAGGCCUACUUAUUCAAGUGUCCAUCUUUGAGUUGGCAGGACUGAUGAAAGGGCAAACAGAGCAAGUACCAAGCCUCUUGAAACCUCUCUUGUCACUGUGGUAUCAAUGUAGCCACUGUUACUCAUCAGAGGAUGAUGUUCUGGUGUUCAGCAGAACUGUUUUUUUUUUACUAUCAUCAUACAGCCAGCUGUUGAGUCACAUGGUUGGAUCAUUGGUUAUGCCUGGUCUUUUAUUGAAUGCAGGGCUUGCACAGUCAUUUGUUUGGAAGAGUAGAGCUGUCAGUACAAAGUAGGUCAGUUCAAGGUGCUCAAGAAUGAAUGGACUGUGGGGGUUAUUAUGUUUUUUUAUAUAUGUAUACACAUGCACAUGCACAUACACAUACGUAUACAUCUAUAGAUAUACAUACACAUACACACAUUAUAGUUGCAUUUUAAGGAUCAGGGGAAUUUGCUGGCUAUGUGCCAAGUUAAUGACUUCCUUGCUGCUCUUCGCUUGAUAUUGCAUGGGAGAGUUUUUAUUCAUUUGUAGUGGAGCUGGCCACAUGCAUCGAGGCAUUUUAACAUAGGAGUAGGCAAUACUCAAUUCCUUGCUGCAGGGCAAAUGGGUGGGAUAGCUGCAAGUAUUAGAAAGGCUUCAGAGCUAACAGAUGGAUGCAUAACAAGGAAGUGGGAUACACCAUUGUUUUAGUUAAUAAUCUAAACAUUAAUUGGCAAAUAGUUCCCUUAAAUAAAACAAGAGCAGACCAUAUCACUAAAUGGCAGAGAUUUGUUUUCCCCACUGUGAAAGCUUCACCAUACGACAUAUGUAGCUAGCCUUGGUCCAUCCAUCAUGUGGGAAUACUGUACAAUUUGCAACAUAAACAGAAUCACAUCUUAUCUACUGGCAACACAGAGGCAGCUGUCAAGAUGACCAAGAAACUGUUACAAAAAGGUAAACAAAGGAAAGGAAGGGAAAAAAACCCACGGACUGCAUUACUGGAUGCAAGAAUACAGUAAGAAUAGGCAGCAUCUGGAUAUGGCACAUGAUGUCAUGCCUGACAUGUCCUCCCUCAUCUACAGCAACAAAUAUUUGAAAUCAGCAGUAAUGGAGGGAGGGUGGAAGCAAUAGGAUGAGUUUAGUGGUGAUGCCUGCAAGCUAAUGCUACUAUGACAGAAGAACCCCAGUUUUUCCAUGAAGUCCAGGACAGACAGUUGUUGGAGCAAGGAUAUACUGAUUAACAGUAUCAUAUAGAACACUUGAAUUUGGUUCUCGAUUCCAUUUAAUUCCUUAUACACAGAAUGUUUUCCUCAUCUACUGGUUGUGGGGUUGGCUAAAGCAAUGCUAUAAGGGCCUGAAAAGAAUGCAGUCUGUUUGUUGCUAGUUUGCAACUGAAAUAAUGAAUAACUUUUAGAGAAUGAUUGGUAAGGAGGUAGACCUAGAUGAAUCACUAGUGUGUUGAUAGUCCUUCAAAAGACCAAUAGAAGUCUACAAAAGGCAGUUACUUUCUGAAGUAGGAUGCGCAAACCAACCAAAUCAAAUAUAGCAUUUAAAGCUAUGUAGCCUCAACGAAAACAUGCUGCUACCAAUGACUGGAAGUUGCUUGCAUGAUAGGGUGGAUAAGAAGUGAUAAUAAUUUAUAAUCUGCAUGGCAGUCAGUUUUCCUGCCUCCUCUGAAGUUUUCCAGGGCAGUGGCAAUUGUUCUUCUUCCUCUCUGGCACCUUCGAAAAGGCUACGAAGUGAUGUCCCUUAAACAGAUCUUCUGUAUUUGCCCUUUCGCUACAACCCUGGGUUUCUGGUGAACUGUGUGAAACCUUUUGGGAACUUUACACACAUUUUUGUAAACAGACACCCAUGUACAUAUAUGCACAUGCAUACAUACAUAUAUGUGUAUGUGUGUGUGCACAUAUAUAUAAAUAUAUAUAUAUAUGGAAGGAAAUUCUGACUAUAUGUAUAUUAUUCAUUUCAGCUUUCUCCCCACUAUCUAAGUGCAAGACCUUUCUCUACUAUUUUCAGAGAGCUGACAACUUGUCUGUAUCUUUCCUUCUCGUCAGCUGAAAAAAAUUCCUAAUUUCCUUGCCUGGCUUUUAAUUUCCCUAUCCUUCCACCCAGUUUAAAUUCAUAAAGCCCUUUGAGAUCCCAUUUACAUCAAAGACACUCCACAGGAUAACUCUGUAUUGUAUUCUGUUUAUUCAUCAAAUACUCGCCCACUCCAUUUGGUACAUACACUAUUGAGUUUCUCUUUCCUUUCAAAACAGCAGGAGUUAAAGAAAGAGAACUUGCUUUUACAGCCCAAACCUUUAUGGGUUUUAAACAAGACACUUCACAUUAUUUGGAUGGUUUCUUCUGUUUAUCAGGAAGAUUUGCAUCAUUUCGAAAUGAAAACAACAUCAAGCUCCAAUGAAUUGAGUUGGUGAUAAAAAUUGAAAAAGACAUAGAAAUCUUUCAAAAACAGUAAUAAAUGAAGUGAUGUUUUUAUCCACUAUCAUUUGAAUGACUGUGCUAUAAGUCCAACAUAUUUCAUAUGCCCAAGCCCUGAUUAGAAUUUUGUUUUAAGGAGAAAAACAUUAAUCUGUUUUUGAAUACUCCUUGGUUUUGUUUUUUUCCCCCUUAAAGACCACAUGAAAGCCAUUUCCAGCAUCAUAUUUCUGUAUAUGACCUUCCCUUCUGCCCCCACGUGUGCAUCAUGUUAUAUUAAAUUCCCUAAGAUCUGCACACUAUGGAAGUGCAAUAAUAAGUCAAUGUUUUAUUUAUAAGUGUGGCAAAUGCAUAUACCGUUAUAUUAUCUCAGCUGGGCUAGUUCAAUUCAUUUCAUCUCAUUUCCUAUGGAACUCUGAAGUUUUGUUUCCUGCUACCCUCCAAUUUUGGCAGCUGCCUCUAGUCACAGUCUCUGCUGCUGUAAUUCUCCUGUGGGUACAUAGGAGACUGUAAUAAGCUUAUCAGAAGCAGUUGUUUGUGUUCCUAUUAUCAUUCAUUUACUGAUGGCAUUUUGUUCUUAAACAGGGGGGCUGAUCAGUAUGGCUUUAGACUCAUACAGCAGCGGGAGGUUUGCACGUUACCCUACACCACAUCUUCCAUCUUUGUCUUGCAGCACUUAAUAUUAUUUGAGUCCUGGAGUCUCUUCUGUGGUUGUUCACCAUAGUAGACAGUUAUGGUUUGUGUUCUUCUGUUCCAUCUGUGGUACAUUUUGUAACUCUUGUUAUCUGACUAAAGCAAUCCAUAGGCUGUUUUACCUUCCCUCAUGUAGAAUAGAAAAGUCACCAUAUUAUAGUUUCUUGCAGAAAUUUGUAAGUUAGGAGUAUUUCUUUAUUUCUGUUCUAGCCUACCUAAUUUCUGUAUUGUUUGCCUUCAGAUAAAUGUCUGACACUUAGAAAGGUACACAGUAGAGAAUAUAUUUCACUUCUGAGUUUUCUAGGAAUUACUAUCAGCUGACUGAAAAUUUCCCUGCCAAAAUGCAUUCCUACCUACUAGCACAACUCUAAAUGAGUAUCUGUAGAGUCAUUCUCUGCAUACUUGAUGUAGCUGUUGUCCAUCACCACAGUAUUCAGGUCAGCACUGGCUGUAUGAGGAAACUUGUUAGCCUGGUGUCCCUAAUCCAUGUAAUUUAAAAAGAAAAAAUAAGUUGAAGGAAUGAAAUAAAGUAUUUUUAUCUGAGUAUCAUU